GUGCAUUUGGCUCGUGUGCUACUAUUUGGCGUGUACCAAUGGAUCAGGACGUCCAAAUUACUUUUUAUACGAAAUCCAAACAGUAUGCCGUUCCUUCUGCACCUAUUUCAGUACCACGGCAAACUUCUGUUCAGGAACUCAAUAAAUUAGUCAAAGUUCUAUUAGAUGAAAGUAGGGAGUCUAAGACGUAUCCGGAAUUUACAUUUCUUGUGGAUAAUGUCAUUUUAGUCUCAACUCUGCAGGAAUACUUAUCAGAAAAAGAAGUUACCUCAGAAACUAUUGACAUUGAGUUUUGUCCUAAACAAGACCCACCAAAAUAUGAAAAAGAAUAUGUCCAGGAUGAUUUCAUUAGCUGCGUCAGACGUUGUGACAAGUACAUUCUAACAGGAGGUUACGAUGGUACCCUGCACAUAUGGAGCCUCAGUAGUAAAAGCGCCAUAUUAUCUAUGGAACUGGAGGAGAAAGUUAAAUGUGUGGAAUGGAUCAAUCUAAAUCAAAACAAAAGCGAAGCAGUUUUCGUGACUGGUGGUUUUGACCAAACAGCUCAAAUAUGGCAUUGGGAUCUUAAUUCAAAUAAAGUUGAUUGUAUUGCUGUUUGUCGUGGACAUUCUGAGACUGUGAUGACCGCAGCUGCACGCUUGUCUAAUAGUUCUGAUAUUCAUGCAACACAUUUCGCUACAGGAUCUUGGGAUACAACUAUCAAGAUAUGGUCAGCAGGAACUGAACCCACAGAUCUGUCCGAAGAAACAGGUGGUAUCGUACAUGUGAGAAAAUCAACGAGCAAAACUCCUACUAGAAUCCCGUUAUUCACCUUAGCUGGACAUCGGGAAACUGUCACACGCAUUUGUUGGUUGCCCUCCACUCUUACCAAUGGCAGUGAUAUAAAGUCUAGCGGAAACCAGCUACUGUCUAUCAGUUGGGACCACAGUUUACGCAUUUGGGAUUGUGAAGCAGCCAAAGGUAACACUGGUGCUGAAGUUCGGUGUAUACUUUCCAACCAUGCUUUGCAUGAUGCAGAUGUCAAUGACAGAGGUAUUUUGACCGCUUCCUCUGAUAACUGUAUUCGGAUAUAUGAUCCACGAGCUGAAGCACCUUUAGUCCUUUCCGGAUUUCAAGGACAUACGGGCUGGUUGACUUCAGUUGCAUGGGCACCUCAUCGAAAUGAUCAGUUUGUGUCUGGAUCAAUUGAUCGUAGUGUUCGUUUAUGGGAUACACGUAAUCCUCGCUCCUCUUUGUACGAUUUAAUGGGACAUGCUGAUAUUGUGACAGAUGUUGAUUGGGCGCCGGCAAUUGAAUUACCUGCUAACGAUAAGCCUAUGCAUUAUAUUUUAAGCUCAUCGGCCGAUUCUACUGUAAAAGUUUAUCACUAUCCAGACUGAAAUGUUUAAUGUAUUUUGUAUUUUUGAUUGUGGUUAGAAUUCUUUUUUGUUCUUUUGAUUGAGUAAAAUGCAUUUGUCUAUUCUUUAUUGUAAAAGACAUUAUUUCAUAGUUUCCAUUCUAUGGGUCUAUUAAACUAUAAUCUAUCUGUAUAUUUAGAUGCUGAUGAUUACAAUAUAAUUCAUGUACAGUAAAUUUGAAAUUAAAUUCUUUAUCCUAAUAUGUAAAACGUGUUCUUGAUAAUUAAUAUUUUGAUAUUAUGUAUGUGAUAAAUAUUCGGUUAAAAUGACUGGUUUUUAAAUUAAAGCAUAGGUUGUCUAUCUUAUAAAUCUUUCUUCAUGUACUAACUGCAUACACAAAAAAGAAACUUUACCGUUACUUUCAGUGUCGAACAUAUUAAAACAACACUGACAAAUAAAUUAUUCCAC